AUGGCUGCAGACGCCGCCACUUCACCCACGUCGGCGCCGCCAAUGUCGACGCCGAGUACUCGUCCUCGACCGGCCACAUCACGCUCCGACCCGUCGUGGCAAAGGGCGCCGCGCAUCUCGCACUUCGACCGCCACAACAAGACGUCGGCCGAGGACACGUUCCGCGGCUUCUUCUCGCUCUUCUGGAUCGUCAUCGCCGUCGGCGGCACGAGGACCAUCUACAACCGCGUCGCCGAGACGGGCGGUCUCCUCGGCGGGUGGCAGUUUGCGGCGCUCAUCUCCGAGGACGCAUGGGCUCUGGCGCUGAGCGAUGCGGUCCUCGUCGGGUCGACGAUACUCUGCGUCCCGUUCGUCAAGCUCAUCGUCAACGGCUGGGUCCGGUACUACUACACGGGCCUCGUCCUCCAGCACCUCGCCCAGACGCUCUACCUCGGCAUCGCCGUCCGAUGGACGUUCCACCGUCACUGGCCCUGGGUCCAGAGCGGCUUCAUGACGCUGCACGCCCUGAGCAUGCUCAUGAAGAUCCACUCGUACUGCUCGCUCAACGGCGAGCUGUCCGAGCGCGUGCGGCAGCUCGAGAAGGACGAGCGCAAGCUGCACGAGGCGGUCGAGGAGCUUGGCGGCCAGGACGCGCUCGAGCGCGAGGGGCGCGUGGCGUGGGAGAAGGCGUGCGCCGAGGCGGCCGAGCAGAAGGCGGCCGAGGAGGCGGCAGGCGGUCGCGGCAAAGCUUCGGCGUCCUCGCUCGCCCCGCCGCCGGCGACAGGGCCGCAGCCCUCGUCCGACGAGGAGGCCGUCUCGACGACGCUCCGACAGCGACCGUCGGCCGCUCGCCGCCGCUCGCUCUCGCCGUCGGCCGCACGGACCCACGUCACGCCGCCGUCGCGCAAGGCCGAGCCGCACGACGUCGAGACGCUCACCUGGUCGCCCAACGAGCGCGUGUCGCACCUCGCCAUCGCCAUCUGCGAGGCACGCGAGGCCCUGUCGUCGAGCGGCGCCGCCAAGGUCUCGUUCCCGGACAACGUCACGGUCCUCAACUUUGUCGACUACCUUCUCGUCCCGACGCUCGUGUACGAGCUUGAGUACCCGAGGACCGACUCUAUCCGACCCUUGUACAUCCUCGAGAAGACCCUCGCCACGUUCGGCACAUUCUCGGUCCUCCUCCUCAUCGUCGAGCACUUCAUCUACCCGGUCAUGCCCGGGCCCGACAGCUCGUUCAUCUCGUCCCUCCUCGACCUCGCCCUCCCAUUCACCAUCUGCUACCUCCUCAUCUUCUACAUCAUCUUCGAGUGUAUCUGCAACGCCUUCGCCGAGAUCACGCGCUUCUCGGACCGGGCCUUCUACAGCGACUGGUGGAACUCGAUCUCGUUCGACGAGUUCUCGCGCAAGUGGAACCGGCCCGUGCACACGUUCCUCCUGCGCCACGUGUACGCGACGACCAUCUCGACCUACAAGCUCAGCAAGUUCUCGGCCGCCUUUGUCACGUUCCUCCUGAGCGCGCUCGUGCACGAGCUCGUCAUGGUAGUCGUGACGCACAAGAUCCGCAUGUAUCUCUUUGUCCUCCAGAUGGCGCAGCUCCCCCUCAUCAUGCUCGGCCGAGCAAGCAUCUUCAAGCGUCACCCUGCGCUCGGCAACCUCUUCUUCUGGUUCGGCCUCUUGAGCGGUUUCCCUCUGCUAGCUGUAGCGUACCUCAAGUUCUAGAACCGGUCUCUCGGUGCAACGAGCCUCGUAUUUGGCGU